AGGGAGGGCCAGGGCGGCGCGACAUGUUCGCCCAGGGCUCGGGCUGGGGGCUUGGCUGCUUCCGAUUCGGUCGGUUCCGAGUGUGGGCCGGCGCUGGAUCCUGGGUUUGUCGGGCUGGUAGCCAGGUCAGGCCGUACGGGUCAGGUGCGGGCGAUCGCCAACCGGGAUCGGAGCCUGAGGACCCUCCUCCUGGUCCGGCGCUCCGGACUCUGAAGGACUGGACGAUGCUGGUGAGCCCGUUCGGUCGGCUGCGGGCGCGGCUCCCGUGUCACCUGGCCGUGAGGCUCCUGGACCCUCUCACCUACCCAGAUGGCGACCGCGUGCUGGUCGCGGUGUACGGCGUGGAGGGCCGGGCGCGAGGCCUAGACGGCCUGCAGGUGAAGUACGACGAGGCACUGAAGGAGGUGACCAUCGCUUCUGACACCAUCGACCCCCAAGCGUCCGUGGAGGUGAACGCGCCCCUGAAGUUUGAUCUGGAUAUCAAGUCAUCAGGGUCUGGCUGUGUAAAAGUCCAAAAUAUUGAGUGUGAUCAUUGUAAAAUUGAAACUGAGCAGGGAACCAGCACCUUACAAUCUGUUAAGAGUCAAAAAUUACAUAUUCAGACAAAAGGAGGCAAAGUGAUCUGUCUGGGAACAGUUUAUGGAAAUAUAGAUAUUCAUGGAUCAGAUAAAAGUACUGUGACUGUAGAUAAACUGCAGGGAAGUUCCGUUAAUUUAUCUACUGAAGAUGGUUUGCUGGAAGCCAAGUAUCUUUAUACAGAAUCAUCAUUUUUAUCUUCUGCUUCUGGAGAUAUUACAUUAGGAAGUGUUCAUGGUAAUAUAACAUUACAAAGCAAGAUGGGUAACAUCAUAGUAGAUUCGUCCUCUGGAUGUCUAAAAGCCUCAACUCAUCAGGGUGCCAUAGAUGUUUAUGUCAGCCAACUGGGGAAAGUGGAAUUGAAAUCCCAUAAAGGAUCAUGUUACUGCCAGAAGCUUAAAGGCUCUGUUAUUGUCAAAGUCCCGUCUUCUCUUCAAGCUCACUUACAGCUAUCAGGGAAAGAAGUUGAUGUGAACUCAGAAAUCCAUGUUCGUGAAAUGGCUGAAGUUCAUAAAGAUGAUAUUAUAACAAUUACUGGACUCAUGAAUCAAGCAAGCCAACAUGAAAAAUGGAUUAAGGCAGAUGCCCCAAAAGGCUCUGUAAGUUUUAGAAGUCAAAGCUGGUUUCAAUCCCUGAAACUGCAGGACUAAGAAUGAUUUGAUUUGUGUUUUUGACUUUUAACAGUGAUGAACAGAUCUGUGACUACAAAGCAAUGCAAACACCAUUGUUCAGAUAAAGGUUGAAAACAACAAAUUGGAAAUGGAUAAUGAUGAGUCCUUUUCAGAAUAUUUC